GGUACAUGGUAAUUGCGAUCUGUGGUUUAAGCGUUGAAGUUGAUUAUGUGGUAGAAUUCUGAGUAUAUCUUCUGGAUAGAUAGAACUUGUUUAUCAUCACUUGCUGAUCAGAGUGAAGGGACCCGCAAACAACCUGCUCUAUCACUUGUUACAUGUACAUGUGUACUUUAAAGAUAUCUAAUUCACCUCUUGUCAUGCUGACAUAGGACGGUCCAAUUCAAAAUGGAGGACGGCAGUGGCCAAAGGGUCGCUGAUUAUUUUGUGGUGGCCGGUUUGACAGAGACAUCUCGGCCACUUGACGAAGAGUUCUUAGGAGAAGGACCAAGGAAACCUCCCAAGAACCUUGCCCCUAUCAUAGAUAUUGCUGUUAUUAUUAAGAGUCAAGGAGAGAAGAUCCCAACAGGAUUUACCUGUGUAGAGUCCACACCCAGUGGGCUACCAGCUGAUCUCAACCAUGGAAGUUUAGCCAGCCCUUCUAUUUUUAUCUGCAUCCGUAGGGGCUAUGAAAAACCCCCUCUUACUGAUAUUGGGAUCUUGUAUGAGGGUAAGGAGAGGGUGAUGCCGGGCUGUGAGAUUGUCAGCCACACCCCCAACGGCCACCCGGCCAAUGUGAGCAACCGAAUAGGAGUUAAUAACCAGAGGGCAUACAUCACCUAUCGUCGAGCAUCCGAGAAUGCUCCCCACAAUUCGUUGGCUGUCAUUGACAUUUGUGUUAUCCUCAUGAACAAGGUACUGUAUGCAUGCAUUUUUAUAACGAUAUUUAAUUAAUAAUUAUAAUCUCGUGCAUUUUAGAAAUAAGAGAAUUCUCAUUGCACAGUACCCUGAAGACAAUAUGUUCUUCAACAUUAUUAUUUUUUUACAUGUCAUCAGCCAACAUAAUCAUUUGUAAGUUUUGCAAAGAAUAUAAUACCUGUAUGAUUUUCUGCUUUGUAGGAUCUUUUUGUCUUUGAAAGAUUAAAUCAUGAAAGUUAAUUAGGGAAGAAGGAUGCAGAAAUAGUUCCGUCUUCUUUGAACUUGGCCAUUCCAUUAAAAAUUAUCUUGUAAUUAUAAUUGAUACUGUUGCCUUUCAUAUAUGCUCUCUUCUUCUAUCUCUCUUUUUCUGUUUCUUGCUUUCUCUCUCUUUCCCCUGGUAUCUUUCUUGCUUUCUUUCUAUCUCUCUUUCUGUCUCUCUACUUCACAUCCUCAAUUUUGUGUUGAGUUUGAGGAUGUUUGUGCACAAGCACGUGACCUUUAGCUUUAUGUUAGGAAAUGUCAUUAAGUAUUAAAAGAAUGAACAUUAUGAUUAUGGUUGACACGACAUGGACAUGAAAUAAUAAGAAUAUGAUUGUCACGUCAUUUAAAUGGCAUAGGAAUGUUUUAUUUGCUCUGUCAGCCCACUCUCUUGAGACAAAUGAAAAUACAAUCAAUAUAACAUUAAUCUGCAGGCACAGACCCUUGGUUUUCACAAUUCACAUAGUGUAAAAUGCAGAGUCUGAAUUAGUGAGACUAGAUUCACUAUGUAUUGUGGCUGGUUCUAUUUGACUCAGACAGAGUCUUUGGAGUUUAGUCUUCACUCUAGACCUGUUAUUGGUUGAAGUGUCAAAUAUGAGUCUGUGCUUGCAGACUAUUAAAACAAACAUGUCCCUCUGAGAAAGAUUGAUGUAAACACCAAGAAAUAUCAAAUACCAAAAUUACUUGUCUCCCAAUACUCACUGCAGAACAUAUUGUAUCUGAGCAUGAUUCCAAUUGUCCUGGAUAAUUAAUUCAGUAUUGCGGUUUAAAUCUUUUACCGAUUGCUGCUGUAGAUUUUGAUUGCGGCUUCUUGCUGUCAUGAGGUGCAUAUAAAGCUUGCAGAAAACAAUUUUGUUGGAAAUGCUUGUUUGGAAAAUGGAGAAAAAAAUGCACCUUUUGAAAUGUCAAGUUUACCAUUUUAAGAUGUAAUCACUCAGAAUACAUGCAAGAAGUAGCUUUGCAAAAUAGUAACUUACAUAAAAAUCUACAUAUUUGUAUCUUGCUUUGCUUUAAGUAUCAAUAGUACACAUGGAAGGUUUAACAGGAUACUUUCAAACAUAUAAAAUGUUCAGCCUCAUACUUAAUUAUUAUUUUUUGCAAAAUAUUAUUAGAUAUAUCAAGAGUUUUUGUGUGUGUGUUUAUUUGGAUUAUAGAUGAAAAUACAGUGCUGUGUGUUUGAUUCAAUUAUCAACCAUUUAAUGCUCUAUUAAUCACCCAGCUUCAGGCUUCAGCAAGGAAGAUUAUUACAAUUAAAAAAAGUGAAAGAGUAUAAGAAAAUUGAUCAAUUAACAGUGAAUAAAUAAAUGACUAAAAUUAAAUGAAAAUGAAUGAAUGAAUAGAACAAUCAACUUCAAAUGAAUGAAGUUCAAAUAAUCAAUAACUUGAAGGAAUAUAUACCGUAUGGUGUAUUUCAUUAUUUUCUAUUUUUUUAUUUUGUAUACUAAUAGAUAUCCAAACAUGAUGAGAAAAUAUACAAUGUACAGUGCAUACACAACAGAAACAAUACUUCAAAUCAAUCAUUCACUUCUAGGCAUAAUUGGCAUGUACAUGUAUACACAUACAUGUAGGCCUACAUGAACACGAUUCAACACAUACAUGUAUGCAGGUUCAUGAACAUUGUAUUUGUUGUAUACAUGUGUACUCUGUCUCUGUACAUUAUAUUGCAAUUCAAAAAGGCAAAACAAAUGGAUAAUUUCUGUGACUUAACAAUGCUGUACACGUUGCUCAAUUGUGCGUAGCUAUUUGGCAUCAAAACGAUCAUGAGGUCAGAUGAGAAAUAAAAGGAACAGCGCACAACAUGUUGGCUUAAAACCAAGAGAUAUUUGUACAGACUUUACUGCUGGGAUUUAAUAGGAAAUGGUACACGUAAUUCUGCAGUAUUAUCAAACAUUUCCUAAUUGGACUUUAUUCCCUAAUAUUGGUUAAUAAAAAGUAAUCUUUCAAUUUUGGUAAUUUUGCCAAAUGAAAUGUGAUGAGAGUAUUGUUAGUUCAUACAGACUUUUAAAGGUAUUUGUGUUUAUUUAUUUAUUUAUUUAUUUAUUUCAAAUAUUUAAAAGAAGGGUAGCCCAAUCAGCAACAAGCUGGUUUACGUUUGGGCCCUUCGUAAACAAACACAAAUAUAAAACAUGGUGAUACAUUCGAUUAUAAACAAAGAAUAGAGCAUAAAUACUAAUAUUGAAAAAAUUAAAUAAUGAAAUAAUCAUAAUUAACUAUGG